AUGACUCUAAUGUUAGACACCACGCCUAUCAAGUACAAAGCUCUUUGCUUGCAUGGGAUAGGAACCAAUGUCGAUAUAUUCGAAUCUCAAACUGCAGCUCUGCGGCAACAGCUGAUACCACAUUUCGAUUGGGAUUUCAUCGAAGGCAGCCAUUUCUGGCCCGCAGCGAAAGGUGUCUGCGAGAUCUUCGGAACUCACCAAGUCUGCUAUUCCUACUUCGAUGGCACAGCACAGAGCGCGUUGAAUGCGAUCGAGGAUCUUGCAGCAUAUGUUAUCGAAAAUGGGCCGUUCGACGUUCUUAUUGGCUUUUCGUUAGGCGCCGCCAUGAUAGCCACCCUGUUGCUUUCCUCGGAGCACAGCAAAGCUCGGAGCAACAUCAAGAGCGUUGCAUUGUUGUGCGCCACCCUACCCAGCGACUGGAAUGAACUUUUGAACGGUAGAAUUACACAGCUGAGGGCGAGAGAUGUGAAAGAAGACCGGAGGAUAAAGAUUCCGUCCGUGCAUGCAUGGAGUCCGGAUGAUGUCGACUAUCCCGGCGAGAGUAUUGAAGUCCUCCGAAUGUGUGUCUCAUCACGUCGUGUCGAGAUAACGCAUUCAAUGGGUCACAGUGUGCCGUUCCAAGGCGAGGAGCUUAUCCAAUUUGCGAAAGCGAUGGCUACUAUGCUUCUCUUCAUACAUCCCGUCUUCUUGCAAAUGGCUCCUCAAUCGCAAGCACCGCCAACCCCGUCAUUGCAUCCGGACGAGAUCAGUCACAGCUAUGUCGUCUUCAUUGGCAUCACAAGUGCCAUGACAGCACUUGCGACAGCAUGUGUAAUAGCACGUUUUGCGUCACGCCUUAAGACUAUCAGCUUGUGGUGGGAUGAUUGGGCCAUUUUGGCCUCUCUGGUGUUCGCGUAUGGGUUCUUAACCACAACAGUUCUAGUGGCCACUGUCGGAGGGGCAGGAUACCAUAUCUCCGAAUAUAGUCUUGCUCAGCUCGAGAAAUACCUCAAGAUAGCCCUUGCAAAUAACGUAAUCUACAACGCCAGCAUCACAUUGUCGAAGGCAUCUGUAUUGCUCUUCUAUCGCCGUAUGUUCUCUGUCGAUCGACGGCUGGCCAUAUCCGUCAACAUCACAGCCUUCAUACUGGUUGGUUACUUCUUUGCUGCUGCGGGUGGAUUGAUAUUUUCGAACAAUCCUAUUGUUGGCCAGUGGAACCUCGCUGUACCCAGUACAAGUAUUAACAACAGGGCGUUUUGGCUUGCCAUGGCAAUAGUCAACAUCUCUCUCGAUGUCAUUAUUCUGGCUUUGCCUCAAGCUCGGGUCUGGACAUUGCAGCUCUCAAGGACAAGGAAGAUUCUAAUAUCGUUGGUGUUCUUAUUAGGUGGCUUGCAUUUGGACAAUGGUGGAAAUGGACACAUCCAUCAUAUGCGCCUGUCUGCCAAUGAUACCUGGCUUGUUCAGAGCAGAGAAGGGCAGGAAGCGAGCAGGAAGUGGAUUUCCAUCUGGGCAGUCUAA